GGGCUCCAGUGCGCCAAUGGCCCUGCUCCACUACACCUUCGACCAGCUGGAGUUGUACCUAGAAUGGGCAUUCGCCGAGCGCGGAGAGGCCACGCCGAGUCCCUUCAUCCAGCCGUUUCCGGGCGUGUUCGUGGGCGAUCUCAGCCAGCUGAACGGCUUCAAGCGGCACGCCUUCUCCGCCGUGGUGGGCAUCCUCUUCGUGCUGGCCUUCUCCGGCAACCUGGGCACCCUCUACGUGAACACCCGCCGGAAGCUGCGUCCCUUCUUCCGGGCCUGCCUCAUCUCCCUCGCCUGCAGUGACCUCGUCUCCAGCGUCUUCUGCGCCGUGUCCUACAUGGCCCAGUUCCAGGCGGAGUAUCUGCAGCUCUGGACCAUUGGUGGCUUCAUGUGCAAGUUCGUGCCCUUCAUCACCACCACGUCGGUGCUGUCCGGCAGCCUGACCCUGGUGGCCAUCGCCCUGGAUCGCUACCUGGCCGUGAUGCGACCCGUGCUGGGCUUCUGGAGUCCCGACAAGCGCUUCAGCACCCUGUGCAUGCUGCUCAUCUGGGCCUGCUCCAUUGGCUCCUCUGGCCCGCUGCUGGGCAUCUACGACUACCAGAAGAUCUUUCUCCUGGAUGUGGAGGACUCUGGCGAGGAGAGUGGCGGGAUGAAGGAGCAGGUGGCCACCGCUGUGCCCGAGGAGCUGGUGGUCACCGAGCUGGAAAUGGUGCACAUGUGCCUGGCCGGCGACCACGACGUCGGACUCUACUACGUCAUACUGUUCACCCUGAUCUUCCUGCCCUGCAUAGUGUCCUUCCUCUGGCUGAACGCCGUGAUUGCGAGGCAACUGUGGCUGCGGCGGCACUACCACCAGGAGCAGCAGGUGCAGCAGCAGGAGCCCAAGGAGGGUCACUUCAAGACCAUGUCGAAUGGCAACGACCUCCUCAUGCCCUCCACCCUGGUCAGUGCCAUGGGAGUGGCGGUGCCCUUUGCGCUGGAGAAGACUCCCUUGCCACCCAAGAGUCCAAGCUCGCGGGCCAGGGAUCCCGGCAAGAAGACCACCGCUGCUGCUCUGGCCAGGGAGGCGAGGCAUCGCCGGAUGGUGGUGGUGGUGCUGCUGAUGAUGGCGGUGUUCAUCUGCCUGCGACUGCCCGCCUGGGUCUUCCUGAUCAUGCGGCUCUUUGGCUCCUACUCGGAGCCCAUCGACUGGCUGCUGUACUUCAGCUUCGGCAUCCUGAACCUGUUCAGUUGCGCCCUGAACCCCAUCUUCUACACCUUCCUCACCCAAACCAUCCGGACUGUGUCGCUGGUCAAGCAGACGGUUCUGCGCUUCCUUGGCUGUCCGCCUGCCAAAGUCCAGGAUGGCAUGCCCACGGAUCAGAUGGACAGGAGCAGCUGCUGCUGCGGCCUGCGGCCACCCACCUUCACCUGGAGGUGCCAUCCCAGCCGCGAUCGAGCGGCCACCAGCGUAAUCCGGGACGUGGACCAGCCGGAUCCGCACUCCGACCAGGUGCAGCCGGAUCCGAGCAGCCUGCGCCGGUUCCUCAGCUACAAGCAAGAGGUGUUCUCCAUUUACAAGCCGUGCGGUGACUCGUCGAGUGCGUCAAUCGAGUCCUCCGCCUGAUAGGCGCUGCUCAUAAAUCACCUGGCUACGGAUGCGGGUGCGGGUGCGGGUGCGGGGGCCCAACGGUGAGCCGAAGCCCAGAACUUGAUUGAUGGAUCCAGCCCCCAUUUCAGUCUGUACAGUUUGUCACGGUGGGCAUACCACCCACGAAUACAGUAGUACGCAUAUAAGAUAUAAGCUCACAUAUAAUGUACCUCGUCUAAUGUGUAAAUAUGAGGAAUAAAGCGAAUGCG